AUGGCAGGUGCCUCCACUCUUUUUCCUUAUACCUUUACUCCCUUUACAGUGCAGACGCAGUCUUCCCCUCCCAUCUCCAUCUUCGGCAUUCAGUCGUUCGGCCAAUCUCCCUCGCUGCCUCCUCUUCUGCUGCUCCAUGGGUACCCUCAGUCACACCAUAUAUGGCACCUGGUUGCUCCCCAGCUCACGUCCCUCUUCUCUGUCGUGAUCAUGGACAUUCGCGGCUACGGUGCUUCAUCCAAGCCUGCCAACAACACGGCUCUUUACGCCAAGAGCCACAUGGCCAAUGACUGCAUCGCCGUCAUGGAUGCCCUCGGCUUUGCUGGCCAGCCCUUUUACGUCUGCGGGCAUGAUCGUGGCGCCCGUAUCGCUCACAAGUUGCUUGUUGACCAUCCGGCCCGCGUCCUCAAGGCCAUCCUUCUGGACAUAUGCCCUACUCUAGCAAUGUACAACUGCACAGAUCCCGAGUUUCCAAAAGCUUACUUCCACUGGUAUUUCCUCAUCCAGAAGUCUCCUCUUCCCGAAACGCUCAUCAGCGGGGCCCCGCGCCAAGUCACCGAGACGUUCUUGACUGGCGGAGACCUUUCCCGCCUCGCCAUGUUUCACAAGGAUGCCGUGGAAGAGUACGUCAAGUGUAUGGAAGACAAAGACUUUGUCCAUGCCACGUGCCAGGACUACCGUGCGGCCGCUACACACGACCUCGAUGAACAGCGGGAUGACCUCGCCAAGGGGAAGCUGAUCCAGGCACCCAUCAGGGUGUUGCUGGCCGCGGAGGGCAUCGUCAGUCGCCUCUUUGACGGGCAGAAGGAGUGGACCAACGUCACGGCAGACGGCGUGCCGGUCCAGGUCGAAGUUGUUGACUCGGACCAUUACAUCCCAGAGCAAGUCCCAGACGUCGUUGUGUCUCAUAUCCUCGAUUUCUUUCCGUGA